UGAGGCUCAAUCUUUUUCACUCUAAUGUCGGAGUCGAUGCACUACCACUCAAGGGCAUCUCUAUGUAUCAUUGGAAAAUAUCUAUGAUUAUUUUUCCUCUGUGAAUAUUUUCAAUGAACAUGUCAAAAUGAUUAUAAUCUUGACAAUAUUGGAGUUGGUGUGGAGGAUAUAUGCGUUGAAGAGUUAUCGGAACUCGGACAGAAUCAUCGGUGGAAGGCAAUGUUCAAUAGAAGAAAACCCUUUUGCAGUAUCAGUUAGAACAACUAGGAAGCUGACGCAUUUUUGUGGAGGGUCUCUGAUCAAACCACAGUGGGUUCUGACAGCUGCACAUUGUACGUACGAAUUUGUCAAUGAACCCGAGAAAUUAACCUGUGUAAUUGGACUGUCCGAGUAUCAUAGGAGUAAAGUACAAUCCAUCACAGCAGACAGGAUAAAUGUCCAUCAAUAUUACACAUUUCCAGCGAUUUUUCACGACAUUUCGCUUAUUCACCUACUCUGGCCUGCCCUAUUAUUCAAUAACGUUGGUUUAAUCGGAAUCCCAAAGAUUUCUCAAGAUUCAUUAGGUUGCACAAAUGGAAGAAUAACAGGAUGGGGUUCUAUGCGAGCUUGGGAUCCUGAUAAAGAUCUAAAGCCUACUAGUGAGCUCUCAACUCACCUGAUGUGUGUUGAUGUUAGUGUGAUGAGUAUAGAUGAAUGUAUAAAUAGGACCAGAGGACGAACCAAUGAGUUUGUCCUUUGCACACUCAUAGGAAAAGAUGCCAAGGAUGCUUGUCAGGGUGAUUCAGGAGGGGCCCUUUUUUGUGGAAACACUCAAAUAGGAAUAAUAGCAUCCGGAAAAGGAUGUGGAGUUUCGAAUAAUUUAGCUUACUACACCAAUCUCCAAAGGUACAUCGAUUACAUCGAGAAUACCGUUUCAGGAUGUGAAAAUAGGAUUAAGAACCUUUUUAUUGUUUUAUUGCUAUCUAUAACUUUUUAUUUGAUAUUGGAAAAGCGGUGAAUUUUUCAACUAAGAUCUCAUGAUAAGUAAUAUUGUUAUAAUUUUUUAUUGAAUUAUUGUUGAAUUGAAAAAUAUACUCUACGAAACUUGUCGGUGAAUCAUUUAUUUU